UUGAGUCACCGCCUUUCACUGUGUACUUUCAGUUUCCUGUUAACUGAUUUCUUUGCUGAGCUGGCUCUUUUGUGUCUAUUUUUAGUCAUCUGAGCUCAGAAGAAAAUCUGGAAAGCCCUGGGACAUUGGAAGAGUAAGAUAAAAGCCCAAAUUUCCAGUGAAAGAGAAAAGUGACAGAAAACCACUGCAGCUAAACUCAGAAGAAAGGGAAAGAAGGAAAGCACACUUAGGACUUUCUCAUUAAGGCAGCUUGGUUUCCAGCUCUAAAGAAUCUCUUAUCCAGGAGAAGGUCUUUUCUCCCUCAGAGCCACUGACAAAGGUAACACCGUGGACGUGGCCUCAGAGAUCCACAUGCCAGGCCCAGUGUGCCUCAUUGAGAACAUUAAUGGGAAACUGACGGCUGAUCAGGAAGCUUUGAAGAUCCUGUCUGCAGUUAUGCAGCCCGUUGUGGUGGUGGCUAUUGUGGGCCUCUACCGCACAGGUAAAUCCUACCUGAUGAACAAGCUGGCUGGGAAGAAAAAAGGCUUCUCCCUGGGCUCCACAGUGCAGUCUCACACCAAGGGAAUUUGGAUGUGGUGUGUGCCUCAUCCCAGUAUGCCAAACCACACCCUAGUUCUGCUUGACACUGAGGGCCUGGGAGAUGUAGAGAAGGGAGACAACCAAAAUGACUCCUGGAUCUUUGCUUUGGCGAUACUACUGAGCAGCACCGUUGUGUACAAUAGCAUGGGAACCAUCAACCAGCAGGCCAUGGACCAGCUGCACUAUGUGACUGAGCUGACAGAUUGAAUCAGAGCAAAAUCCUCACCUGAAAAUAGUGAGGUUGAUGACUCAGCUGACUUUGUGAGCUUCUUUCCAGCCUUCGUGUGGACUCAGAGAGAUUUCUCCCUGGAGCUGGAAGCAGAUGGACAACCCAUCACUGCUGAUGAGUACCUGGAGCUUUCACUGAAGCUAAAAAAAGGUUCCUGGAACUGAUGUUUGGGUAACAAACAGAUAAUAAUAUCAAAAAUGACCAUUUCUGUAUAGAUGCUGAAAGUUAGAUUUUCUUAACCAUGCUUCCCUGGCAGUUGUGCUAGAUAGUGGGAAAACAUCACUUGGCUAAGUUAAUUAGAUCAUAUUUCUCUCCUUGGAGAAGGACUUUUCGUUCUCUACCCCCAUUCCUUUUUUUUAAUUUCUGUUCCAUAGUUAGCUGAAUUUUAUUUCCUUACGUAGGCUUGUGAAAGUUAUGACAUUGAGGAAUCAAUUAUUUGUAGUAAUUAGCUUGAAGUUGUUAAAGUUUGUUUUAUGUAUCUUGCAGCUCUGUCAUUGGGUGCAUAAAAUAUUUAAUAUGGUUAUAUCUUCCUGAUCAAUUGUCCCUUUAUUCACUAUGUAGUGUCUCUCUUUAUCCUUUGUGGUGGAUUUAACUUUGAAGUCUAUUUUGUCAGAAAUUAAUAUUGCUACUCCUGCUCUUUUUUGAUUGUUGUUUGCUUGAUAUAUUUUCCAUCCCUUGAGUUUUCGUUUGUGUCUCUAAGUCUAAGGUGUGUCUCUUGGAGGCAGCAUAUAGACGGAUCGUGUUUCUUUAUCCAGUCUGAGACUCUCUGUCUCUUUAUUGGUGCAUUCAGUCCAUUUCCAUUCAGCGUAAUUAUUGAUAAGUGUGUGUUUUGUGCUGUCAUUUUGAUGCCUUUUUGUGUGUGUUGUUGACAAUUUCAUUUUUCCACUUACUUUUUUGUGCUCAGACGUUUUUCUUUGUAAAUUUUGUGUUCCUCAUUUUCAUAGUAGUCAAAUUUAUGUCUGCUGAGUUGUUAUGUUUUUCUUGGUUUUGAUUUUGAGUUAUGGAAUUGUUAGACCUCUUUGUGGUUACCUUAAUAUUUACCCCUAUUUUUCUAAGUAAAAACCUAACUUGUAUCAUCCUGUAUCACCUUGUUUUCAUCUCCAUAUGGCAGUUCUAUGCCUCCUGUAUUUAGUCCCUCUUAUUGAUUAUCGUGAUCUUUUACAGAAUGACUUCAAUGAUUCCCUGUUUUGAGCAUUUUUUUUUUAAUUAAUCUUAAUUUGUUUUUGUGAUUCCCCUAUUUGAGUUGAUAUCAGGAUGUUCUGUUCUCUGGCCUUGUGUUGUGUUGUUAUCUGAUAUUAUUGAUUUUCUGACCAAUUUCCUUUAGUAUUUAUUGUUUGGUUUUUGCAAAUUCUCUAAGCUUGUAUGUAUCUGUAAAUGUUUUAAUUUCACUUUCAUAUUUGAGAGAGAGUUUUGCUGGAUACAUGAUCCUUGGCUGGCAGUUUUUCUCCUUCAGUGCUCUAUAUAUGUCAUCCCAUUGCCUUCUUGACUGCAUGGUUUCUGCUGAGUAGUCUGAACUUAUUCUUAUUGAUUCUCUUUUGUAGGAGACCUUUCUUUUAUUCCUGGCUGCUUUUAAAAUUUUCUCUUUAUCUUUGGUUUUGGCAAGUUUGAUGAUAGUAUGUCUUGGUGAUUUUCUUUUUGAAUCAAUCUUAUAUGGGGUUCGAUGAGCAUCUUGGAUAGAUAUCCUUUCGUCUUUCAUGAUGUCUUGGAAGUUUUCUGCCAACAGAUCUUCAAGUAUUCUCUCUGUAUUUUUUGUUAUCCCUCCCUGUUCUGGAACCCCAAUCACACGCAAGUUAUUCUUCUUGAUAGAGUCCCACAUGAUUCUUAGGGUUUCUUCAUUUUUUUAAAAUUCUUUUAUAUGAUUUUUCUUCAACUAUUUUUAUAUUGGUGUCAAUUGCUUUAUCCUCCAGCUCCGCCACUCUGCAUUCCAAUUGCUCCAUUCUGCUCCUCUGAGUUUCUAUUGAGUUGUCUAAUUCUGUAAUUUUACUGUCAAUCUUUUGGAUUUCUGAAUGCUGUCUCUCAACGGAUUCUUGCAGCUUAAUAAUUUUUCCACUAUGUUCUUGAAUAAUCUUUUUGAUUUCUUCAACUGCUUUAUCAAUGUGUUCCUUGGCUUUUUCUGUAGAUUGCCUUAUCUCAUUUUUGAGGUCAUCCCUGAUGUCUUGAAGCAUUCUUUAAAUUAGUUUUUUAUAUUCUGCAUCUGGCAAUUCCAGGAUUGUAUCUUCAUUUGGGAAAGCUUUCGAUUCUUUAAUUUGGGGAAUUGUAGAAGCAAUCAUGCUCUGCUUCUUUAUGUGGUUUGAUAUCGACUGCUGUCUCCAAGCCAUCUAUAAGAUAUUGUAAUGAUUUAUUUUAUAUUUGCUCACUGAGUCUUGUUUUGUUUUCUUUCAAUAUACAUAGAUGGGCUACUAGAUUGCUCUGUCUUGAUUGUUGUAGCCUUUGAAUCACUUAUGUCCUAUUACCAGCUGGUUUGGGCUGCUACCAGAUAUAUAAGCCUAAGAGUCUAUUCACUAUUCUUGAGUAGAAUCUGAUUUUCGGCCACCAGGUGUGUAGUGUAGACUGUCACCUAUUCACUUAGAGGAGCAGUGGUGAUAGUUGUGUGCACCAGAUUCUAGUAGCAGCAGGGGGUCACACUCCAGGGGGGGCAGGAUGCUGACAGGCUUCCCCCAAGUGCCAGUGAUGUAGGUGUGUCUCUAUUCCUAAAGCACUUUGGUGGGUGGGCUUUGCAGCAGUACCUUAGGCACCCAAUGCAUGUACCUCUACAGAUUGUUAGGUGUCACUAUCCUUAGACCCCUGUGGCAGGAGGCUAGGUGGUUUGGGUGGAGCUUCAGCCCUCAGUUCCAGUUGUGGGUCAGUGAGGGCUCUGUUUAAUAGGUAGAGAUAUCAGACCUGGGAAACUUGUCUUUCCAGUAAUCCACUAAAACAAUUACAGUCAGAUCACUAUCAGAAUUGCCUUUGCAUUGUAAUAGCCACCUUGUUGCCUGUAGGGAUGAAAGCCCAAGAGUGUGGAUCUCAUAUGCUUGGCUGGAGCUGGUUCUGUAUUUUUAUUCCAAUUUUGGGAAGUCAGGGAAGGAUUUUUGGUCCCUGGGUUUUUUGUAGCUGCUUCUCCCAGGCCAGGAGAAUGGGUUAGGAAAAGACAAAAAAAAAAAAAAAACGCAGAGCACUUCACUCUCUGGCCCAGGAAAUUCCAAUGUUAAGGAAGCCACCUGGGAAGGGGAGGGGAGGGAUCAGAUAGAUAGGAGAGAGUGAAAAAAAAUAGCACCGAGGAAUAUAGACAAAGUUACUUAUCUUGCUUGUUGAUGACUGUUUUAUCUGAGAUUCCUGAGGGGCGAGGGGCGUGUAGCUGGGUCAAGAUUGCCCCAGAGGAUCAGGCCCUUGUCUUGUGCUGUCUCAGAAGCCAUGGUCAGUUCCUCUGCUCCUAGUCCAAAGCCCAGCACCCAGGUUCCCCAGCUGGGACUCUGCACUCCAGGCUCCAAAAGCAGUCGCUGCCUCCCACUGACUUCUCCUAGUGUUAGCCGCAUCACUGCGCUGCUUACGUGCACUUUCUGGGCUUCCCCCAAGGUCACUUCUGGGGGCUAGGGCAGCGUCCCGUGUUUGUGUUGUCUCAGCUCCCCUGCACCCAGUCCAAAGCCCGGCGCCAAGGUUUUCUGACUGGGAUGCUGGCUCCAGGCUCCGAAAACAGUCGCUGCUUCCCCAUGGUUGCUCGUUCUCUCAUUAGCUGCAUCACUGUGCAGCCUGCUUGUGCUGGCUGAGUCUCUGUCACUCAGGUCAACUCUUUAGAUCUGUGUUUGAUGGUCAGGGUUCGUAGAUUGUCAUGUAUGUGAUUGAUUCACUUGUUUUUCCAAGUCUUUGUUGCAAGAGCGAUCUGAGGUAGCUUCUACCUAGUCAGCCAUCUUGGCCCCCUGGGUCACAUUUUGUACUUCACCUUUUGGGGCUCUCUGGUUAUAGAUCUAGAAUCAAAAAUGGGUAGUGGGGUUGAAUUCUGGGAAUAUUCAGGAAUGUCUUGUAAGACAUCUAUUUCAGGUGAUGCCCCAGGCAGUGCCACAGGUGCCAGCUCAAAUGAUGUUUCAGACAAAGACUCUUCAGGCACUGGUGGGUUAAUGUCAUCAUUUGGGGAUGGAAGGUAUAAUGGUUUUACUGGGGAGGGUGGCUAAGCAGAUAAAGAUGGAGUGAUCUCUAUAGAUGAGAGUAAGAGGGCUGGUUCUGCUGGCAGAAAUGAUUUAAUGGAAUUGAGGGGAUCGGUGUCCCCAUCUUCCUAACUAUCUUCUCAUGUGUCUCCAUCCCACGUUUCAGAAUCCCUGUUCUUCCCAAUCAAUGUCCUCAUUUUAACUUUAGAGUCCACUCAAGUUUGGGAAAACAACUGGCUUUAUAAUUCAUCCAGUCUUACGAUAAGAUUAUGGGUUAGGUUUUUGGCAAUAUCAGCUCUGUUACUACAAGAAAUAAGGCUUUCCUUCAGGGCACAAGUGGCAACUUUGAGGUCAAGAGACACUUGAGCUGUGACUCUGAAGUCCUGAGCUCUUUCUUUCACUACUUUGUCUAGUAAAAGUAGGGCCAACCAACCAGCUUCCCUAUACUUCUCAUUCUGACGUAAUUGUAGAAAAGUAUGAAACAUGAAAUAACUCAGAGCCUCAUUUCUCACCAAUACUCGAUCUAUUGGUGGUGAUAUUUUGCAUAUUAAUAUUGCCAUCUCAUGUCAUGGAUGAGCAGCAUCCUCCUUACUACUGAAAGUAGAGUCAUGAGCACCUUAAUGACUAGUCAUUCUUGAGAUCCAAUUUAAAAAACUCGUCCUUACAAUUCUGUUUCUGUGGAACCACUCUUAGUACCAGAUGUCUUAGGUUGGGUUCUCUAGAGAAGUUCUCUCUCCCUGGAUCAAGUACCAAUAACUGGAGGUCAGAUGAUGGCAAGCCAGAUGCAGGAUCCAGAGUAAGCAAGCAAGCUUUGCCAGAACAUCUGUAAGUAUAUUUGAUGUAGGCCACACCCCUAAGGGAACUCCACUUACAACUGAUCGGCUGAUCGCAUCAGAUCACAUCAUGGAGGAUGACUACAUCAGUAUAUAACCACCAGAUUACAUCAUUACUUAACUGUCAAACUACAUUAUUAUGCAACUGCCAAACCACUGAGAAUCAUAGCUCAGCCAAGUUGACACAGAACCUUAACCAUCACACAGAAUAAGCCCAUUUAUUACCUUAAUAUUUCUCUCCACUAGUAACUUAAACAACCUAUAAGUAAUUUUAUCUACUCUAAAAAUGUUAAAUUCUGCUUAUGUAAACAUUUACCUACUCUACUUUUGCUUCCUAGGAAAGGUAAAUCUCAUGACUGUCAAACAGAUGUUCACAUUCUAAACUGGCCUCAUUCUAGCUUCACUGUGAUCAAUCUGGAUGACAAUCCUUAUGAAAUAUUCUUUGGUUAUUAAAUUUAACAAUACAGCUAUGGCAAGGGAACAUUUCUACUAAUAUGGUAUAAAAUCCAAAUAUUAUGGUAUAAAAUAAUCUUUUACUAAUAGGUCAUUCUACUCAGAUAACUGGUGAGAAUAUUGCAUUUGGCUAGAGGCCUAAGAGAAUUAAUUUCUAGCUGUAUACACAGGUCAUUCCUUGGGGAGAUUUAUCUCUCAUUCAGAGAACUCUGUGCUUGUGAAUUUGUUGAGGGUCUGUGACUGUCUAUUGCUGUGAUUCAAGUCAGACUAUGUUCACCAGACCUCGAGUGUUUCUGCUUAUCUGAAUCAAGUAAAAAUUUAAUAGGCUGCCCAUCUAUUUCAUUUCUAGGGACACUGAUCAAUGAGUUAAUGUCAAAGGGCUUUGAGGAUCAGGUCAUUCUGAUUAUUGUUUCAGCUCUGUUACUCAUUGUAGUAACUGUGGUCACCUUGUGUUUUAAGAUUAAAUGUUGUCACUUUACCCUUCCAAUCCCAUCUUCCCAUCAUCCCCAUGCAUUUCAAAGAUCCCAGUUCAAUGGCAGCAGUUUCCACUGUUCUUUAUAAAACAGCUACCACAGAGUUCUUUAAGGAUGUGGAAACAGUUUUCUUGGAUGUAUUUCUCACAGCCUUGGCAAAGAUAGUGCCUUCUUGACCUUUCCAGUGGAUAAAAAUAGGGAUAAACAAGCAUGUCUGUGGAGUGUACAAUUAAUUUUACUCAAAGGAUUUGGUCUUUUGUCCUGGUUCCUAGAAGGUAAUCUGUAAACUCUUGAGAUUUCCCCAGUGACUAGAGUUUUUGUAAUUCACGGAGUGGCUCCGGGUCAUACCUGAGAGUUUAUGCUGAAGGGCCAAGAGGGGCCUCUUUGAGAGGACAAAGGGGGAGGUCCUCAAGAGGCUUGUCUAGAAGGAUAUUGCCAAAGGAAAGGAGUAACCAAGAAUCUUGAGAUAUCUGAAAGUAUCCAGAGGAUGCAAAUUUUACCACACUAUGAGGAACAAAUUUGUCAAGGGAGCCUCAACAUCCUUGAAGACUGCUGUGAUUGCUAUUUUAUGUAACUCAGAUUUGACAUUGGGAACUGAAUUUAGACACAAAUACAAUGGGGCUGAUUGGAUCCUGUAGUAGUAGGAGCCAAUUAGCAGCACUCAGUCAACAAAGAUAAGGUGGGGAUGGUUACUGUAAUGGACAGUGGAGUCGAAGUGGUAAUCAGAAUAGUCUGACUCAUGUAGACUUAUGACAUUGGCUACUUAGUCAUUGUGUCUCUGGAAGUGAAAUACAUAGGAAAUCUACUAAAUAUUUACUUGAUCCGUACAAGCAGUUGAAUUCUAGGUCAAGUGAACAGCAGUCUAACUAAAUUACCAGAAUAGACUCAUGGCCCCUCAACCAAUUUCCAGACUUGAGUGAGUUUAAAGACCCACAACACUUUGAAUGAAGGGGUGGCAGGGUCCCCUUGAGGAAGGAUUCCAGUACUCUGCCAAAAAUUUUUACUGUUAAUCUUUCUCCCAGCCUUCCCCAAAUGGAUCUAGGGCCAUUCAGAAGUGACUGUUCUUUGGGGAAAAGGAAAUAAUGAGACUUUUCCAGGAUUACUGGCUCUCAACUCACACUAAUUCCAGGAGACCCAAAGUAUCACUGAGAACCACCAGUCAGAGGGGGGCAUAUGGAGGUCAGGUUAUUAAUGGAGCCUUAGCUCAUGUUCAUCUCACAGUGUGUCCAGUGGGUCUCCAAACCCAUCCUGUAGUGAUUUCCCCAGUUCAGGAAUGCAUUAUUGUGAUAUAUUCAGCAACUGGCAGAACCCCUACCCACAUUGGAUCCCUGACAAAUGAAGUAAGGGCUAUUAUGGUAGGAGAAGCCAAGUAGAAGCCAUUAAAAUUGCCCCUACAUGAGAAAAUAGUAAAUCAAAGGCAAUACUUCAUCCCUGCAGGGGCUGCAGAACUUACUGCCACCAUCAAGGAUUUCAAGGAUGCAGGGGUAAUGAUUCCCACCACAUUCACAUUCAACUCACCUAUUUAGCCUGUGCAAAACACAGAUGGAUCUUAAAGAAUGACAGUGGCUUCUCGAAAACUUAACCAGGUGGUGACUCCAAUUGUAACUGCUCUUCUAGAUGUGGUUUCAUUGCUUAAAGAAAUUGAUACAUCUCCUGGUACCUGGUAUGCAGCUAUUGAUCUGGCUAAUGCCUUUUUCUUCAUUUCUCUUUCGAAGAACCAUCAGAAGCAGUUUGUCUUCGCCUGGCAACGCCAGCAAUACACCUUCAGUUGCCUACCUCAGAACUAUAUCAACUCUCUAGACCAGUGUCAUAAUUUUGUCCGCAGGGACAUUGAUCACCUUUCCCUUCCACAAGACGUCAGGCAGGUCUACUACAUUGAUGACAUUAUGCUGAUUUGACCUAGUAAAGAAGAAGUGUCAAUGACUCUGGACUUACUGGCAAAACAAUUGCAUGCUAUAGGGUGGGAAAUUAAAUCCACAAAAAUUCAGGCACCUUCCACCUCAGUAAAAUUUCUAGGGGUCCAGUGGCAUGGGCCAUGUUGAGAUAGAUCUUGUAAAAUGAAGGAUAAGUUACUGUAUCUGGCCAGUCCCACAACAGAAAAGGAGUCAUAAUACCUAGCAGACAUCUUUGAAUUUUGGAAGCAACAUACCGCUUAUUUGGGUGUGCUACUUGGGCCUAUUUAUCAAGUGACUCGAAAAGCUGCUAGGUUUGAGUGGGACACAAACCAAGAGAAGGAUCUGCAACAGGUUCAGGCUGCAGUGCAAGUGGCUUUGCCACUUGGGCCAUAUGAUGCAGCUGAUACUAUGGUGCUUGAAGUAUCAGGGGCAGAUAGAGAUUUUUUUAAGUCUUUGGCAGGCCCCUAUUGAUGAAUUACAGUGCGGACCCUUAGGAUUUUGGAGCAAAUCCCUGCCACCAUCUGUCGAUAACUACUCUCCUUUUGAAAAACAGCUUUUAGCUUGUUACUGGACCCAAGUAGAGACUGAACACUUAAGCAUGGGACACCAAGUAGCCAUGCAGCCUGAGCUGCCCAUCAUGAACUGGGUGUUGUCUGACCCACAGAGUCAUACAUUUGGAUGUUCACAGCAGCACUCUAUCAUUAAAUGGAAGUAGUAUAUACGAGAUUGGGCCUGAAUAGGAUCUGAAGGCACAAGUAAGUUGCGUGAGGAAGUGGCCCAAAUGCCCAUGGUCUCCACUUCUGUCACAUUACCUACAAUCUCCCAGUCUGCACCUAUAACCUCAUGGGGAGUUCCUUAUGAUCAAUUCGCUGAGGAUGAGAAAGCUUGUGCCUGGUUUACAGAUAGCUGUGUGUGAUAUGCAAGCACCACUGGAAAGUGGACAGCGGCAGCACUACAUCCCCUUUCUGGGAACUCCCUGAAGGACAGCAGUGAAGGGAAAUCCUCCCAAUGGGCAGAACUUCAAGCAGUGCACCUGCUUGUUCACUUUGAUUGGAAGGAGAAAUGGCUAGAUGUGGGACUGUAUACUGAUUCAUGGGUUGUGGCCAAUGGUUUGGCUGGAUGGUCAGGGACUUGGAAGGAACAUCAUUGGAAAAUUGGAGACAAGGAGGUAUGUGGAUACAUCUCUCUGAAUUGGCCAAAGAAGUGACGAUAUUUGUAUCUCAUGUAAAUGUUCGCCCAAGGAUGACAGGAGCAGAGGAAGAUUUUAAUACUCAAGUGGAUAGGAGGAUACAUUAUGUGGAAACCUGUCAUCAUCUUUCCCCAACUGUUUCCAUCAUUGCUCAAUGGGCUCAUGUACAAAGUAUCCAUGUACAAAGGUUAUUCUCAAGAGGGUUGGGUGGUUACGUAAUAGGAAUUGGAGAUAGCCCCUAGGAGGCUGGCACCACCUCCAGUGGCUUUCUGGGCGUGCCAUGGGUGUGGGGUGUGUUGGGAAGCUGAGCAAGGUAAGAAUGUGAAUGGGGCAAGUGUGUGACAAGCUACCAGCAAGGACUUUGCCACAUGCCAUCUCAUGGACGCCAAGACUGAACACCCACUGGGAGAAAUCAAAGUUGGAAAAUAUUUGUGGAGGCUUUCAUACAAGCAUUUAUCAGAUCCAGAAAGCAACCACCACUGCAGUGAAGAUUUGCCGUUAGGAAACCCUCAAAGGCUGUACUUUGAGAAGCAUUGGAUGGGUUCGAAGGACAAUUUCUGCAGGGAGUUCACUAAUGCUGUAGGGCCCAGGAGCUUAUAUGGUGGUCCUGUGAAUCUCCUGGUGGAGAAAAAGGCCUUUGUGAGAGCACAAGGGGCAGUGAGGAUAGCGUCAUCCUUGAUUUCUUCUCCUCUCUCCAAGAUGCUCCUAGGAAAGAAUGAGCUAUGGAAGCAGCAUUCCAUAGCAACUCAGUGCAGAGUCAAGGCUUCUGCUGGAAUUUCCCCCAGGCUUCCCUUAUCAGUAACAGCUGGCCCCACAGGCUAAUCCACCCAUUCCCUAAGGUGCAAUGGAGAGAUUCUGCCAUCACCAUCAAGGUUUGCAUACUGAGCCAUUCCCAGACACUCCCCCAGGGCCCUCAACAGGCUGUGCCAAGAGAGGAGGCAAGGGGAAGAGUUCACGCAGGAGUCUCUGUUGCUUCUUCGUAUUGUUAGAAAAUGUUCACCCAACUCCCUCCCCAACCAUGGAGAUGAAGCUCAGUCUUGUCCACCAGCUCUGAGUCUAUAAGUGCAGAGGUCAUCUGGGAAAGAGGAAGACCAAAGGAAGGAAGAGGGAGGAUGCUGGGUGAGAUUUCAGAAGUAACUGGAUCGUCGGAGAGGGGAGAGGGAGCCUUCCUGAAAGAGGUGCCUCCUUCACUCCAGUCCCCAUUGAGGCUCUAGAGAGGCCUUUUCGCGCAGUGGAAAGCAGAAAGGCAAAGUCUUCCAUGCUUUCCAACGAGGCAUGCACUAUGCCCUUUCUCCUGCUGGUGACAGCCAACCAGGCUAGAGAAGUUACAGCUGCCCCCACACAGGGCUGUUCCCCAGCAAAGAGCUGUGUUAUCUGUGUCAGGAGCCUACAGCAGACCUGGAGGAAAGAGAACCUUUCCACUGGACAAUAAAGCAAGAACCAGAGCUCAUUUAGACACUUUACUCACGAUAUGAGAAGACUUUAAGAUGAGGGUGCACAUCCAUUUCCAAGGUAGGGCUAAAAUCGAUAUUGGGAGAGCCACACCUGGACGUUUUCAUCCACUGACUCGAUUCCCAUCUACCCCAGAAGGCUUCAUACCAGAAUCUCAUCUCUCACUACCACCUCUUACUGGUCCCUCCCCACUCCACAGCCAAAGGUGCUUCUCCCACAAGAGUCCUCCUCUCAACCUGCUUCCCCACCUCCAGCAGUGCCCUUGAUGGUAGGCCCAAUGCACAGCCAGAGUCAGUGUCUUAGCUGCAGGUGGGAACAGUUGGUCCUUAGUGCAUAUGAGACUGGUGGGUGAAGUUGCAGAUUCUGGAGUGUCUCAGGGAGAGUAAAGAGCCUCUGAGCAGGCAGCAGAAGCACAGAUGGCACUUCUGUCAAAGAAGUCAAAAAUGAGAGUUUGAAGAGAGAGACAUAGGGAAGAGUAGAGAAUUGAGUCACGGGUAAGAAAAGGUGAUGAGACAGCAGCUUUACUGGGCGUGGCAGCCAAGGUUAGCAAAGUCUGUUUUAAAUGGAAGAUCAGGGGAAUUCCCACUACCACAAAUUAUGGAGUCCAGUUUCCCAUGUGUGGGGAAAUCACAGCAGUCAGCAAAACCUGAGUGUAAUGUAUGAACCUCACCCUGGGAAAGCCACGUUUGUGAUCAUGGUAUCUCCCCUGCUGGCUAAGUAUGACUACAUUUUCUAUGAGUACAGUGCAACCUCCAACAUUUGCACUGUACAUUCAAUGUUACUACCCUCCUCUCGAUCCACCCACCACCAUUCUUGCAAACCAUUCUCCGUAAAAACAUUCAGGCGCCAACUGGAACCCACAGCCUGGCCAACCACACUGCCUUGAAGCACAGACCCUGACCAGCUGCCACUGCAUUGUCUCAUCUGCAUACUUACCAGGCUGCCUCCAUGGGCUCAAGCAACUCCACCUCCUUCACUGUUGCUUCCCUCUUGGACACAAGACAGAUGUGAACAUUUCUUGGGAGUAUUGAAUGCAAAAGAGAAAACGUGACGUGCCUGGGAGAGUCCAUGGGGAUUAAAUAUCAUAGCAAUGGUGGAAUUAUGGGGCUUUACUGUAGUACCAUCAUAUUGAUAUUCUGGUGUUUGUAUGCUUACCUUCUGCUUAUGGAACUGAUACCUGCUUUCAUUGGCGGGAGCCAGCAGAGUUGAAAAGUCAGAUGACAUGAGAAAAAGAAAAUGAAUGUGCUUAAAAAGGACAUUUAAAAAGUAUAUUUAGUACUUGACUGAGGAGUACAUGGACCGGACAAAAGGAUAGGGGGCAGGGCGAGCUCCUGGCUGCUGUGGGAUUCAUUGGAUCUUCAUGCGUUCUGUAGAAAAUCCUGAGUCUGGGUCUCAGUCUGGGAGAGGGCCCUCUCAGGAGGCCCCACCUGCCCCUCGAAGACCAAAUGACCUUGUUUUCUUUUCCUGGGAGGCCCAUCCAAGGAUCUCCCUGGAUCAGACCAUCAAUUAGAAUGGGAGUCAGAGCCAUGUCAUCUGUGCAGGAGCCUGGUGGAGUUUCCCUGGAGAAACUCAAAUAGUUUUGAGGCCUCCUUCUCUCCUCCUCAUACCUUCUCCUGCUUCUCCCUCUUCUUCCUCCUUUUCUUUUAUUUAUUGACUUCUGAGGGUCACUGGGUUCCUGACAUAUAAACUUCCUGGGUUGUUAGGGGAUGAAGAGAUGUAAAGAAGAGAGGUUCAUGGGGAGAGGGGCUGCAAAUGGGAAUGAAAUCUGAGUAUGGCGGUAGAAGGCAAGGGCUCUGAGGCCAGACCCUUUGGCAAGUCACUAAUCCUCUCUGGAGCUUAAAGUAUUCAUCUGUGCAGUAGUGAUAAUGAUAAAAACAAAUAAUGAAACUACUAAUAAAAGCAUAAGCCAGUUUCCAUGAAGCCUGUUUCGACUCAUGAUGACCCCAUGUGAUUCAAAGUAGAAUGGUACUCCAUAGCAUUUUCAAUGGCUGAUUUUUUCAAAAGCAGACUGCCAGGUCUUUCUUCCACAGUACCACCCAGGGACUCUAUGAUGAUGACAGGAAUAGAAAUACAUCCUUCGGGGUUGUUAUGAAGGUCAAAGCUGUUAAGGCACAGAAAGCACUUAGAACUUUUCCUGGGAGAGCACCACAGGUAUUUUUGUCAUGGGUGAAUUUCUACCUUCACAUGCCACAACUCACUCUCCCCACAAACAGUCCCUGAAAUGGAUGGAGUAGUGUUCAAUGGCUCCUAUGAGCUCUUCACCUCGAUUGGUGUCAGCUGCAAGGACAGGAUGCUAAAUAGUGUAUUGGUGUAUUGCACACUUCAUUUGCCAUGAAGUGAGUUCCUUCAUCAGACACAACGCUGUGUGGAAUACCAUCAUUGCUGAUAACACAUUUUGAAAGUCCACAGCUGGCAGUUGUGGCCGUAGCUUUGGACUCAGGGAAGACAAAUUGAUAACCAGCGUAACUGUCUAUUCCAGAAGAAAGAAACACUGCCCCUUCCAUCACGGAAGUGGUAUAAACAACCCUUCACCAGGUUGCUGACUGAUCACUCUGGGAAAUGGUGCUGUAUCUGGGACUCAGUGUUUGUCUCUGCUUCUGGAAGAGUGGGUACUCAGUAGUGACUGUAGCCAAGUUGGCCUUGGUCAGUGGAAGUCCAUGUUGCUGAGCCCAUGCAUAAUUUUCAUCCCUGCCAUCAUGGACACUUUGUUUAAGAGCUCUCUGGGCAAUGAAAGGAUUGACUGGAGAAAAAUGCUGACGAGUAUCCAUAGAACAAGUCAUCCUAUCCACUUGAAUAUUAAAAUCCCCUUCUGCUGAGGCCAUUUUUUUGUGAGCAUUCACAUGGGACAUAAAUAUCUUAAAUUUUUUUGCCCAUUCAGAGAGGUCUGUCCACAUACCUCUUCCCCAGGCUCCGUUGUCAUCAAUUUCCAAUCAUAUACUUUCAAAUCCUUGACAACCCAACAAAUCAUUGUGUACAAUUGCAUGAAUCUUUAUACAACUGCACAUCUGGUCAUUUCUUAUUCCAAGCAAUAACGACAACCAGGUGCAUUACUCAAAGUUGUGCCCACUGGGAGGAUUUCCCUUCAUCCUUGUCUCUCACCGAUGUCCCAGAAAGGGGUUGUAGUGUUACAGCUGUCAACUUGCAGGUGGUGCCUGUGUAUCACGGCCAUCUGUAAAUCAGGUCCAAGUUUCCUCUCCCUCAGUCAACUGAUCAUAGGGAACUCACCAUGAGACAUAGGUGCAGCCUGGGAGCAAUCCUAUACAGGAAUGGACAUUGAGAUGGGCACUACGCACAGAGGGCACUCAAUAAAUGUUAAGUGUGGAACAGGGGUUAGCUGAGAACCUUUUGUAAGUUUGUAAGCAUUUGUCAAUCUGAAAGCAUGUGUAUUGUUUUCUUUAAUAAUAAGGGGGGAGGGGAACCACAAAAUGAGUGAGCUAUUAAAGCUUGAAUCUCCAGUGAAAAUACACUAGGUUCUGAUAUUCUGGAGCCCUGGUUGCAUGGUGGUUAAGAGCUCAACUGCUAACUAAAAGGUUGGCAGCUUGAAUCCACCAUCUGCUCCUUGGAAACCGGGGCAGUUCAAUUCUGUCCUAUAGGGUCACUAUGAGUCGGAAUCAACUCGGUGGCAACAAGUUUUGUUUUGGUUUUGGUCUUCUGACAUUCUAUGAGCCAGACUGAGCUCUCAGAGGAUCCUGACGUGGCCCCAUUGUCUCUUCCAACCACAUCACCUUGCUGACCUACACACAAACCAAAGACCCCUGUCCCAUUUUACUUUCCUACCUUGGAAGGUUCAAGUCUCCAAUUGCAAUAAUGAAAGAUUCUAGAGGGAAAAUAUUAAACAACACAGGAAGCAUCAAGAGAAGAUGGAAGUAAUACACAGAGACACUGUAUCAAACAUUGACAUUCAACCAUUUCAGGAAGUAGCAUAUGAUCAAGAACCAAUGGUUCUGAAGAAAGAGGUCCAAGCUGCAUUGAAGGCAUUGGUGAAAAACAAGGCUUCAGGAAUUGAUGGAAUGCCAGUUGAGAUGUUUCAACAAACAGAUGCGAUACUGGAAGCACUCACUGUUUAAGAAAUUUGGAAGACAGCUACCUGGUCAACUAACUGGAAGAGAUCCAUAUUUGUACCCAUUCCAAAGAAAGGUGAUUCAACUGAAUGUGGAAAUUAUUGAACAACAUCAUUAAUAUCACAACCAAGUAAAAUUUUGCUGAAGAUCAUUCAAAAUCAAUUGCAGCAGUACAUCCACAGGGAACUGCCAGAAAUUCAAGCUGGAUUCAGAAGAGGACGUGGAAUGAGGGAUAUCAUUGCUGAUGUCAGAUGGAUCUUGGCUCAAAGCAGGGAAUACCAGAAAGAUGUUUACCUGUGUUUUAUUGACUAUGCAAAAGCAUUCAACUGUGUGGAUGAUAACAAGUUAUGAAUAACAUUUCAUAGAAUGGGAAUUCCCAGAACACUUAAUUGUGCUCAUGAGGAAUCUGUACCUAGACCAAGAGGCAGUCGAUCGAACAGAACAAGGGAAUACUGGGUGGUUUAUGUAAUAAAAACUUUAUCCAAUCUGUAUGCUGAGCAAAUAAACUGAAAAGCUGGACAAUAUGAAGAGAACACGACGUCAGGAUUGGAGGAAGAUUCCUUAACAAUCUGGGAUAAGCAGAUGAUGCAACCCUGCUUGCUGAAAGUGAAGAGGGCUUGAAACACUUACUGAUAAAGAACAAAGACUACAGCCUUCAGUAUGGAUUACACCUGAACAUAAAGAAAACAAAAAUCCUCACAACUGGACCAAUAAGCAACAUCAGGAUAAACGGAGAAACGACUGAAGUCAUCAAGGUUUUCAUUUUACUUGAAUCCACAAUCAAUAUGCAUGGAAACAGCAGUCAAGAAAUCAAAUGAUGCAUUGCAUUGGGCCAAUCUGCUGCAAAAGACCUCUUUAAAGUGUUAAAAAGGAAAAAUGUCACUUUAAGGACUAAGGUGCGCCUGACCCAAACCACGGUGUUUUCAAUCAUCUAGUAUGCAUGCAAAAGCUGGGCAAUGAAUAAGGAAGACUGAAGAUAAAUUGACACCUUUGAAUUACGGUGUUGGCACAGAAUAUUGAAUAUACCCUGGACUGCCAGGAGAAUAAACAAAUCUGUCGUAGAAGAAGUACAGCCAGAAUGCUCCCUAGAAACAAAGACAGCAAGACUUUGUCUCAUCUACUUUGGACAUGUCCUCAGGAGCGAGACCCUGGAAAAGGACAUCCAGCUUGGUAAAGUUGAGGGUUGGAGAGAAAGAGGAAGACCCUCAAUGAGAUGGAUGAACACAGUGGCUGCAACAAUGGGCUCAAGCAUAACAAUGAUUCUGAGGAUGGUGCAGCCCUGGGCAGUGUUUCAUUCUGUUGCAUGUAGGGCUGCUAUGAUUCAGAACCCACGUGACGGCACCUAACAACAGCAACCGCCUUGAAAAGUGGCCACUGGUUUCCAGGUGGUUGAGGAAGGGCCAAGCCUGGCUUUGCCACCAUCAGCAGCCAAAUGCUGAGCCCUGCCUGUCAGUGAUAUCACCCUGAUCCCAGAGACCCAGAAGGUGGCACCAUUUGUAUUUGUGCCUGGGGAUACUGAGAUGGCAGGUACCCAGGCAGGAGUUUUCCUGGAUUGAAAAUAAUCCACUUGAGACUAGAAGGCUUUGGGUUGGCAGAUGAGGCCACACAUACUCUUUGAUUACUGCUAUCCUUAAUCCUCCAGCCUAAAAAGAAGUUUCUAGAGAGACAAAAGAGGGUGGGAGAGAAAGUUAUUGAUCUCUACCCACAGGGAGAGAUAAAAGGGUAAGAGCGGAAAUAGAAGCAGGGCCUCAAAGCUUCUGAGAACCAUGAAAAUAAGAAGUUGGACAACUAUAGACAAAGAACAAAUUUAUGUGAAAUUUUCAGGGUUCUAGAACCUUUUAAACUUAUUAUUUGUAUUAUUUAUUUAUUUUUUUAAGCAUUUCUCCAUCCAUUAACUCAUACAUACAUACAUUUAUUUUAUUUCUACAUGGUGGGUACUAACACCUGUAAAUAAUGCAGUAAAAGUUCAAACUUGUAUCAGGACCUUAGGGGCCAGAAGUGUUUCAGCAUAAGCACUUGUGGUUCAUUAGGGAGUUAAUACAACACACAAUCCUUACAUCACACAUCUCUGCAGUGGUGUCUGGGCAAUAUUCCAUAAUUAAACGUACUUAUAUUUCUACUAUGAAAUGAAUGUAGAUUUUCACAAAGUAGGCUAACCAAGGAAAUCAAACAGCUUCAUGUCAGUUCAGGUGAGGGAGACAAGGCCCUUGGAUCUGUUCCACACUCCAGUAGGGGUUUUUCUCUGUCCUUCCCUCCAAACAUCCUCAAUCUUAAUCAGGUUUUUUUUUUUUUAAUGUUUUUCAUAUGCCUUUUACCACUUAGUUUUCCUGAUAAUGCCUUUAUCAGACUUUCAUCAUUGAUGCCUGCAUUCUUGCAAUCUCCUGCCAACGGCUUUCUCUGAUUCUCCCGUCUCCAUUCUAUCAAAUGUCUCACCAAUUUCAUUACCCAAAAGUCCUCAGUAACUUAGGACACUUAGACGGCACUGGGAAGAAGGAAAGGAUUAAUGAUAAUGCAUAUUGAUAUGAAUAGCAAAACAUCUUAAACCACCAAACCUGCCUGGUGAAAGAAUUGUCAAACAGAAGAACAGAUCUUAGAGUUGAAAGCAUUGAAAGCAGCAACUGAUGCUUUUCAUGUCGUGCAGUUUCUCCUAAAAUGUCUUGUGAGGGAAGCUCACUCACAAUCAGCCAUUAUAUCAUUAGAUAGCUCUGGUGGUCAGGAAAGCGCCUGUAUUAUGGCCCAUACCUGUCGUCCUGUACUCCUCACCAUCGUUCCCUAUUCAGCUCCAUGAGUGUCACAGAACACUCCUGUCACAAAACACUCCUUCUUCUCUCAGAAGUCCUUCAGAUAUUUCAUGUUGGAUGUUGUCUUAGAGAUUUAUAUCAAGGAAAUGGCUCAUGGGGUUGUAGAGGCUGAAAAGUCCCAAAUCUGUGAGUUAGGUUGGUGGCCUCUCCUGCCUCACUUAGCUGCAUGGGCUGGUGAACCCAAGAUCUGCAGGUCAGGAGCAGACCUCUGGCUCAGAGGCUGUGGAGGCUGAUGAAUCCCAAGAUUAGCGGGUAAGCUGCUAGCUCAGGUACAAAGAACUGGAACUGAGAUGAGGAGCCAGCUGCAGGAUCUGGAGUGAGUCAAGACCAACAAACUGCCAGAAAGUCUACAUAUAAUGGAUGUAGGUCAUACCCCCAAAGAAACUCCCUUUCAACUGACUGGCAAUUUUUACCAGAUUUCAUCAUGGAGGUGAUUACAUCAUUACAUAAUUGCCAAACUACAUGAUAACUGCCAAACCACUGAGUAUUACGGCCCAGGCAAGUUGACACACAACCUUAACCAUCACAGAUGUCAUUCCACUAUACGUUGCUGUUUUGUUCUCCAGUCUUAAAAUUCUCAGUAUCUUCAGCUCUCUCCAGUGUCUAACCCCUCACCAUUCCAGCCCCGUCUUCAAUAUGACCUGCAGUCAGUCAAACCCAAACCCCAAACCCAUUGCCACUGAGUCAAUUCUGACCCACCGCAACCCUAUAGGACAGAGUAGAACUGGCCACAUCAGGUUUCCAAGGAGUAGCUGGUGGAUUCGACCUUCUGACCAUUUGGUUAGCAGUCAAACACAUAAUCACUGCAUCACCAGGGCUCCAUGGGCAGUCACCACCUCCAUUAAAGUCUGGGGCCAAAGAUAUAACAAUUCUUCAGCUGUAGGCUCAUCCUAUUGUAUGGAUAUUUUAUUUAAAGUAUGAAAUAAAUGUUUAAUUGUUUAAAAAAAUUAGGAGACUCCAAUUUCCUAACUCGAUAUGUUUUGAUGUACUAGUUGUAUAAAAAAAAAAAAAAAAAGUUGUAUAAGGAGUACAAAUUAUUUUAAAGAAAUUUUGUUGGUUGAAACAUUAAUAUAUUGGUCCUUUGACAAGGUCACGUGGUGAAGUGCAUUCCUUUCCUUGAUUAUGCCUGCAUAAACACACUGGGGAAAGGAAACUGUGCAUUUAUGACUGCAUUCUUUUAUCCAUCAACCCUUACCUCCUGUAAUACAACCAGAUAUAAAGUGGGCCUUCCUACACCCAGUGUUUACAUCCAAUAUAGUCCAAUCCAUUUGCCACACUGCAUCCUGAGUGACUCUUCCACAGCCUGUAUCUGGAUGUACCUGAAGGCUAAUCCACUUACUGUCCUUACAUUUCUUUAGGGAAAUGUCUUAAUACAUUUAUUAUCUGUACCCUGGUGCCCUCCAUGCUCAUCAUCCGAAUAUCUCUUGACAUUUCCCAAAUCCAUCAGCAGUGAAUCACUUCCCAUGUCACGAGCUCUUUCACUCCCAGGCACAUGCUUUCAUCUGGUGCCAGACAGCAAAAGUGCAUCCAAGAAUAGAGCAAAGGUGAAGUAAAUACUGGGGCAGUGGCCUGCAACCCAUCAAGGCAGAGCUGAGAGAAUGCAGGGACAAAGCAGAAGAGGUUGGGCAAGGGGGCAACAGCCUUCCAGGAUCUGUUUGCUAUACAUGGUUAGUUGUAUUUAUUAAAGCUCUCAACUCUUUAAACCUCCAUUUGGUGGUUUAGGCCUUUAUAGUUUUCUGAGAAGGGUUAUUUGGGGUAGAGGUAUGUGUGUAUAAAUGUUAAUAGAACUAUAUACAUAUUUAUCUGGUAGAAAUAUGGAAUAUUAAAACUGCCUGUCGUUGUCUCGAGACCCAGAUGCAGAUUUAGAUUCAUUUUCUCUUAAGGAAGUCAACCUAUUCUGUAACCAUACUCUGGAGUGGAGGAAAGCCAAGUGGGACCCUCAGGAAAUACUUUUUGUGCUGGCUGCCAUUGUCAUGGGCACUUAGUUUCAGUGUCAGCUUGUGGAGAAAAUUCAGAUUUCCUUUAGAAAUGAAGUUGAAAAGAAAUCUCGGGAAGAAUGUGCCCUUUCCUCCUGAAGCUGCGUUCUUAGUGAAGUGCUUACCCUGGUGCCUCGAAGUCCAAAGUUCAAGUGUUCCCACCUUGGGGAAGGAAUGGACUUGUCUGCUAGCUGGAAAUCAAGAUGCAGCGCUCAGUCUUGUUCUUAGACUCAAAUUGGAGAAAGGUGUGUGACUGGACUGCAUCACCCUCAUCAAGACUAGAAGACCCAGUUUCAGAAGAGGCAGACUUUGAGAUUCAUGGAACUCAGAAAAACACUGUACUUAUUAUUAGUUUUAUUAUAGCAAAAAGGAUUCAUAAGGCGAGGUCUGUUUAAAGCUGUGUGUUGUCCUCUGAGGAUUGGUUUAGGUACAGAUGCCGCUUUGAUGACUAAGGUGUGCCUGACCCAAGCCAUGGCUUUUUAAAUUACCUCAUACGCAUGGGAAAGCUGAACAGUGAAAAAGGAAGAUAGAAGAAAAAUUAAUGCAUUUGAAUUGUGUUCUUGCAGAAGAAUAUUGAAUAUACCAUGAACUGCCAAGAGAACAAACAAAUCAGUCUUAAAUACAGCCAGAAUGCUCCUUGGAAGUGAGGAUGGCCAGACUUUGGCUCGCUUACUUUGGACAAGUCAUCACUAGAAAAGGACAUCGUGGUUGGUAACGCAGAGGGUCAGUGAAAACAAGGAAAACCCUCAAUGAGAUGGACUGACACAAUAGCCACAACAAUGGACUCAAACAGCAACAACCAGGAAGAUAGCACAGGAUCGGGCAACGUUUCCUUCUGUUGUACAUACGGUCACCACAAGUCAGAACUGACUUCACAGCAACUGACGAUAACAAAUGCAACAUAUGCAGGAUUCUCCUUUUUAUUCUCUUCAGAAUGUUUCCUAAUUUCCAUUUUCAUCUCUGCUUUGAUACAAGGUUUAAUAGAAGUGUCUCUAAAAUUCCAAAUAUAUGGGAAUUCCUUCUUAUUUUUUGUAAAUGAAUUCUAGAUGUUACUUGAUUCUCCUGAAAUGCUAUUUGUGGGUACCUCUCCGGCCCUAGGAUGAAAAUAUCCUCCUUUGUGAUAGGCCCUGGGAAGUCCUAGUUUAGAACAACUCUUUAAGGUCUUCUGCUCCUGGCUGCCAGAACCACCACAUGGCCAGACAUGCCUGUGCAAUAGAUAAUCCUGCGUAGUAGGAAGGAGGUAUGAAACCCCUGGGUAAAUGAAAUAAAUCUUGAAAUACAUUGGCCAGGAACUGAACCCAGGUCUCUUGCAUGGGAGGUGAGAAUUCUACCAUUGAGCCACCAAUGCUUCACCUUGUUUUUGUAGCAGGAAGGUAGCAAGAAAGAAGUACUUGAACCACUGAAAAAGUUCCAAAAUAGACUUCACAUGGUGUUGUCUUUGGAAGACAGUGCUAACAAACGAACAGACACCAAAAGCUAAGGCUUAAAAGGAGACUUACAUCAGGCAACAGUAUAAAGUGAUGGUAUUCAAAUUAAAAUAUCAAAUUGAGCUGUUUUGUCAGCUUAAAUUACACCUCCGAAAAAGGCUUUUUUCAACUGAGUGACACACCCCCAUAGAAAAACAUCAAUAAUUCAUCCAGGACCCUUGUUUGUGUCCCUGAAUCUUCAACUGUCAGCCACAAACUUACUUUAGAAGGUCUGAGAAGGUAACCUAACUUGUUAGGUUAAAAAAAACAAAACAAAACAAAAACCAACCCAUUGCCGUCGAGUCGAUUCCAACUCAUAGUGACCCUCUAGGACAGAGUAGAACUGCCUAACAGAGUUUCCAAGGAGUGUCUGGUGGAUUCAAAGUGUUUACCUCUUGGUUAGCAGCUGUAGCACUUAACCACUAUGCCCCCAGGGUUUCCACUUGUUAGGUUAAAAUUCAGAGAAAAAAUAAGAAUUAGAAGAAGAAAAGGGCUAGACUCAAAAUAGAGACAAUGAAGAAACAAAUUUUGGUCCACCAAGUUAAUCCUUUGUAACUGUUUUUGUGCAAGAAUAAUGAUCACUCUUGUAAUCAUUAUGAUAAUAGUGUGUGUCUGUUUUUUAAGGUAUUUGAGCAUUUGAAUGGAAAUGUCACUAUUAUAAAAAAAAUAAUUAACAUUAAUUUGGCAAUCAAUGGUUAAUUGGGAGAAUUCAAUUUUCUGAAUUAAUAUACAUUGAUGUAUUAGUUAUAUAAGGAGUAGACUAUUUUAAAUAAAUAUUGAUGGCUGAAA